GGCGGGGGCGGGCGCCUGCCCACACCGGCGCGGGCCACGCGACCAGGCACCGUGCACUGAGGUUGCAACUCCCGCCGCGGCAUCAUGGACGCCCCGCAGCAGGUGGUCAACUUCGGGGCCGGGCCCGCCAAGCUCCCGCGCUCGGUCCUGCUAGAAAUACAGAAGGAAUUAUUAGAGUACAGAGGAACUGGAAUUAGCGUCCUUGAAAUGAGCCACAGGUCAUCAGAUUUCGCCAAGAUUAUCAACAACACGGAGAAUCUUGUGCGGGAGUUGCUAGCUGUUCCUGACAACUACAAGGUGAUUUUUGUACAAGGAGGUGGCACCGGCCAGUUCAGUGCUGUCCCUUUGAACCUGAUUGGGCUGAAACCUGGACGGUGUGCCGACUAUGUGGUGACCGGGGCAUGGUCCGCAAAGGCUGCCGAGGAGGCCAAGAAGUUUGGGACUGUGAACAUCGUCUACCCCAAGCUCAGCAGUUACACAAAGAUCCCAGACCCGAGCACCUGGAGCCUCAGCGCAGACGCCUCCUAUGUGUAUUACUGCGCCAACGAGACUGUGCAUGGCGUGGAGUUUGACUUCAUCCCCGACAUCAAGGGGACUGAGCUGGUGUGUGACAUGUCCUCCAACUUCCUCUCCAAGCCAGUGGAUGUUUCCAAGUUCGGGGUGAUUUUUGCCGGCGCCCAGAAGAACAUUGGCUCCGCGGGGGUCACGGUGGUGAUUGUCCGAGAGGACCUCCUGGGUUUCGCUCUCCGGGAAUGCCCGUCCGUCUUAGAGUACCGAGUGCAGGCUGGAAACGGCUCCCUGUACAACACCCCUCCCUGCUUCAGCAUCUACGUGAUGGGCAUGGUCCUGGAGUGGAUCAAGAAUAACGGGGGUGCGGCCGCCAUGGAGAAGCUGAGCUCCCUCAAGUCACAAAUGAUCUAUGAUAUUAUCGAUAACUCUCAAGGCUUCUACGUAUGUCCAGUGGAGCCCCGGAAUAGAAGCAAGAUGAAUAUUCCGUUUCGCAUCGGCAGCACCAAAGGAGAUGAUGCUUUGGAGAAGAGGUUUCUUGAUAAGGCUCAGGAACUCCAUAUGAUCUCUCUGAAAGGGCACAGGUCCGUGGGAGGCAUCCGUGCCUCUCUGUAUAACGCUGUCACUCUCGAGGAUGUGGAGAAGCUGGCAGCAUUCAUGAAAAACUUCUUGGAGAUGCAUCAGCUGUGAAACCAAUCCCCACGACUUCAUACUCCUUACCCUCUACUCUGCCCAUGUCUGAAAUUGAGCAGCAACAUGGGGAGGCUGCACAAACCUCACCCGCAUGGCCUCUCUCCCGAUUGACUGUAUUCAGUAGCGGUUUCCUCCUUUUGCAGAGAACAGCCGAACCCCACCGCGCUGUCGAGCUGCUGGGGCUUCGUCUGACCUGAAUCGGGGGGACUGAAAGAGCUUCCUCUGGCUUUUCUCAAACGACUCCUGCUUCCCUUUCCUUUGUGCUGUUUUUCUUUUCCUAGCUCAAUCGCAGUCGGUUUUGCAGACAGUGCUGUUUGAUUCUGGAGAGGAACUCUCGGCUCGGGAGAGAUCCAUGGGGGGCAGGGGUCUCUAGGUGUUGAAUCUUAUCCUCUCCCGAAGGGCAGCAUUGCGGUGUGCGUUUGGGAGGUCCAGGGUCAGGCAAGUGCAGCUUUCUUGAACGGUUAUUUUCAUAGAGAUAAGAGUGACAUCUUUAUAGAGCAGAUCCGGUAUUAAUACUGUAUAGUUUUCGAUCUAUGCAUUUUAUAUUUCUGAUAAUACGGUUCUUUGUAGGAACGUAGUUAAAAACUUCGGGUAUCUGUUCACCUUCAACCUCUGGCUUACACAUCCCACUGGCAGCAAUUAACCUCCCCGUUUGUAAAGCCUUUCUUUUCAUAAGAUUUUUAAAAAGUUCUUCGAUUCACUUUUAUUUUCCUUCCCGUGGGCAGAAGAGACAGUUGGUUGCUUGGUUGUUCCUUUAUUCUCAGAGAUGCUUUUCUGUUCAGCGUCUCCCUGGAGCCCUUAGCCCUGCGUUCACUUGCUUGUUCUCUCCAGCGUCCUAACCAUUGAUGGUGGGACUUCCCGCAGAGCCUUUACUGAGUCUUUGCUCCUGUGGAUCAGUUUCAGUGUGUCGUGUUGCAUAUGUAAAAAACAUUAAAGUCCUAAAACACCCAAAGCAUUGUCUGAAUUUCUCUACCUGCUAACUGAGAGAUUGGUUGAUUUGGGGGCACCCCAGCAGUGAUCAGGAGCCCCACCCCCUCCCCGUGGUGGUUCAGUGCAAGGGGCUGAGGACGUGGUGCUGCUCGGGCCCUGCCGGGCUGGGGGUCUCCAGCACACCCUGGCUGGGGUCCUACACAGUCCCCGGUUAUGCUGGGUGAGGGAGCAGGUGGUGCCGGGAAGUGAACCUUGUACAGGCGCUUGCUGGGGUGUACCUGACUGCUGUAUUAUCUCUCAACUCUUACUUUAAAAUUUAUUUUUAAAGAUUA